AUGGAACCAAGGCCAACCAUCAAGUUCAAGCUGAAUGGAGUAUCUAAAUCCGGGGCUGAUGUCGAUCACUUGGAACUCCAAGCUUGCUAUCGCGCUCUCGACAACCUGCGGAGCUUAUUGUUUCAAGCACCGAUGCUGGAGCUUCUGAAAGACCAAAUCGAGGAAGGAAACCGCUAUUUUGAAUCGCUGAUUCGAGCCUCUCGAGGGGAAUUCAGAGAAUGCAGAACAUACAUGAAAGUAACCGGGGUCUCAGCGACAGAGAUGAGAACAAUCUGCAGCCGCUGGCAGCUUUCCCAGCCCAUCGAUGAGAUGGCACGAACGUUUAUAUUCCCAACGCACCCGGAGAACUAUGUGGUUAUGCAUUCACCAGGAGCUCCCGCCAGAAGUGGACCAGACUGCGGGGUGCAGGUCAUCGGGGAGCACAUGGCCAAGGUUCGAUUUGUUGAUAUCAUGGGCAGCGGACAGAUUCCCAAGUGGAUGGCGGGGCAGCGAGAGGAGGAGUAUGAAAUGGUGGAGUACUUGGUCGGGAAACUUGACAGUGGGAGCAAGUUCUUCUAUAUCAUGAACGAAUUCAUGGAUACCGAGGGUGGUUGCAAGAUCAAGCUGCGGGCCUUUUUCCCCUCUGCUUCGCCCUGGUCAUUGGUCAAUCAACAUGCUGAGCAUCUUGCAGUCGAGUUUCGAAAUCUUCUCCAAAUGGUUUAUGGGGCCAUCGAGGAACUCGAAGACAGCUAUUGA